UCUCUACAAAGGGCAUUUUUAUUUUCUUUUAUAAAGAAAAUGGCCUGUAGCAGAGCUGCACUCGAGAACCGUGUAGUAAUUCUUUCCAGAAUAGUAAAUUAUUCAUUUGGGUAAACAGGGAUUUAAUCGCCUCCCCAUGUGCAAAGACCUGACAUUUGAUGUUAAAUUAUAGCAAUAAAACUCUGGGCAACACUACAGUGCAUCUCACUGCCAAGCUGGCAUAGACUGUGGGAUCUGUUCGAUUAAAAUGUGGACUAAAUAGAGAUCUCUCUCUGUGAACCGAACAGACGUGUUGACUCCAGCAGAGCUGCUCCUGUUCUAUCUCCAGUCUACCCGUGGUCUGACUCUGACGCUCACCGACAUCAAAGAUCUGUACAACGUGGACAUGGAGGACUAUGACGUUCGCUCGGCCGCCAGCAUCCUGGCCUCCGUGAAAGAGCAGGAGGCGCGCUUCGAGCAGCUGACCCGAGCCCUCGAGGAGGAGCGGCGCAACGUCACCGUGCAGCUAGAGCGCGCCAACCUGCCUCCCAACUCCACCGCCAGCCAACCACUAGCGUGGCAGCAGGUGGUGAUGCAGGAGCAGAGCCCCAGCAACGCCACAUCCCUGGCCAUGAUGCAGGAGCCCCAGGAGGUGGUGGAGGAGACUGUCACCAUAGAGGAAGACCCCGGCACCCCCACCUCCCACGUCUCGGUGGUCACCUCUGAUGACGGCACCACGCGGCGCACAGAAACCAAGGAUGUGUCGGCCAACGUGAAGGUGACUAAGAUGGUGAAGACGGUGACCACGCGGACAGUGCGCCAGGUGCCCCUUGGCCCGGAUGGCUUGCCCUUGCCGGAGGGCUCCUCCCCACUGGGCAGCUACACGGACUCCAUCGACCGGCGCUACAUGAAGAACGGAGGCGACCGCUUCAUCACGCCUCAGGCGACCUCCACCCUGACGCGCUCCUACAACAACUCCUACAACGAUUCAUACUGCGAAACCCCUGAGAGCCAGUACAUUCGCCACUAUGGCCUGCACGACGGCUACGCAGACCUGACGGACAACUACGGCAGUCUGUCACGCGGGGUCAACUUCCGCCCACCGCGCUACCCCUACAUGCCCAACAGCUACCGGCCAGAGAACAGCUACACGCUGCCUAUUCGCAAGGAUGACUAUGGCCAUGUGGCCCAGCCCCAGGUGCCCAUGGGCAGCAGCACUGUGGACCUGAACCGCUCGCAGCCUGAACGCUUCCAGCCUGAACCGUACGGACUGGAGGAUGAUCGUCGCAGCUUGGGUCCUGAAGAGGAGGAGCCGUAUGAGCUGGAGCCCGACUACUCCACUGCUAAUCGCCGUACCCUGCAGGGGGCCAACCGGGGCCGCACCCACCGGGAGCCUCUCCGUGAUGGGCCCAGAGUCAGGGGGUAUGCCGAUGACCACAUUGAGGCAGAGAUGAUCGAUGAGCGCCAUCCUUACAUCCAUGGCAUUUAUUCAGCGCCGCUGGCCCAGCCAGAGAGGGGUAGCAUGGCCAGCCUGGAUCGCAUGGGUGGCCGGCGCUCACCCUCCAUUGACAGCAUCCGCAAGGACCCGCGCUGGCGUGACCCAGACCUCCCCGAGGUCAUCGCCAUGCUGGGCCACCCCAUUGAUCCGGUCAAGUCGAACGCCGCCGCCUACCUGCAGCACCUGUGUUAUGAAAAUGACAAGAUUAAAAAGGAUGUGCGUCAGCUGAAGGGGAUUCCUGUUCUGGUGGGGCUCCUGGACCACCCCAAAUCCGAAGUCCACCGCAAAGCCUGUGGAGCCUUGCGCAACCUCUCCUACGGCAAGGACAAUGACAACAAGGUGGCCAUCAAGAACUGCGAUGGCAUCCCCGCGCUCGUGCGCCUGCUGAGGAAGACCAACGACAUGGAGGUCCGAGAGCUCAUCACCGGAACCCUGUGGAAUCUCUCGUCCUAUGAACCCCUGAAGAUGGUGAUCAUCAACCACGGCCUGCAGACCGUGACCAAUGAGGUCAUUAUCCCCCACUCAGGAUGGGAGCACGAACCCAAUGAGGACUCGAAGCCCCGUGACGCAGAGUGGACCACCGUCUUCAAGAACACGUCCGGCUGCCUCAGAAACGUGAGCUCGGACGGAGCAGAGGCCCGGCGCAGACUGAGGGAGUGCGAGGGAUUGGUGGACGCCCUGCUGCACGCUCUCCAGUCAGCUGUGGGGAAGAAGGACAUGGACAAUAAGUCGGUGGAGAACUGUGUUUGCAUCAUGAGGAAUCUGUCGUACCACGUCCACAAGGAGGUGCCCGGAGCGGAAAUGUUCCAGGACCCUUCAGCACCACAGGCCCCUGGCUCAGCAGGGCCACAGAGGAAGAAGAAGGACGACGCCGGCUGCUUCGGAGGGAAGAAGGCCAAAGAGGAAUGGUUUAAUCAAGGCAGAAAAAAUUGUGAGAAUGACAAAAACUACGACACACUGGAUCUGCCCAAGCGCACAGAGCCGUCGAAAGGCUUCGAGCUGCUGUAUCAGCCCGAAGUGGUGAGGCUCUACCUGUCUCUGCUGACCGAGAGCCAGAACUACAACACCUUAGAAGCUGCAGCUGGUGCUCUGCAAAACCUCAGCGCUGGACAGUGGACUUGGUCCAACUACAUCCGAGCCACGGUGCGCAAGGAGAAAGGCCUUCCCAUCCUGGUGGAGCUGCUCCGCUCUGACUCUGACAAGGUGGUCCGAGCUGUGGCCAUCGCCCUGCGUAACCUGUCCAUCGACCGCCGCAACAAGGACCUGAUCGGGAGUUAUGCCAUGCGGGACUUGGUGAGCAACCUGCCCAGUGGUCAGCAGCGGCCAGCGAAGAACCUGGAGGAGGACACUGUGGUCGCCAUCCUCAACACCAUCCACGAGAUCGUCACCGACAGCUCUGAAAACGCCCGCUCACUCAUCCAGGCCCAAGCCAUCGAGAAGCUGGUCGCCAUCAACAGGACCAGCCAAUCGGGACGCGAAACAAAGGCGGCGUCUCACGUGCUGCAGUCCGUGUGGGGUUACAAGGAGCUAAGAAACGCUUUGACCAAGGACGGCUGGAACAAGAGCCACUUCCAGCCCACUGUGACUGUCACCCCUAAAUCAACCAAGAAUGGCAAGCCCGGCUAUGAUGACACCACUCUACCCCUGAUGGAAAAGAACCAAGGCACCAGGAAUUGUGGCAGUGGUGAUAUGAUACCUAUGGAUGAGCUGGGUCCAGACGGUUACACCACCAUCGACCAGAGAGACAAGGACUGCAAAUACAAGACCGUCGACGGCUCCGUGGACCUGACUGAACGGGAGCCACUGAAGAAUGACACAAAUAGGAAACACUAUAUCAGGAGUAACAGGCCUGCGGUCAGUCUGGUGGACGCUUGUGAUGUUAAGCCCCAGCCUGUUGACUCCUGGGUCUAAAUGCAUGCAUGGCUUAAAGUAAGAACAGCGCGGCGCCCCAGCUCGAGGAGGACCUCUCAUAUCACCACUGCCAUUUCACACGGAGCUUAUCUUUGAAGUUGGACUUUGUACAGAAAAGAGGAUUUAAAAAAAUAAAAAAAAUUAAAAUAAUGAUCACAACAGCGACUACCCAGCAGCAGCCAGCAUUCUCAUGCUUUUCAGAGAAUAUUUUAAAAAGAAUAAGAAGUAACCACUCCUACUACUUACUCAUAUCUACAUUCCCACUGGACACCUUGUGAUUUUUUUACAGUGUUGACUCUCGGCGAGCUCUGCCGGUGAAGGAAUGGACAGAGGCCGGUGUUGGAAGGAAUGGAAAUGUGGAGGCAAGUUGGCAAAGUGGAGCGAGGGAAAAGGGAAGUGAGACCAAACGUGGUGUUGGAUGGAAAGAAACGGGGGAAUCAAUGUCAUUGAUUUCAGUUUUUUUCACGCGAAAGAAGAUUGUUUCUUCAGUGUUUUUCCGAUGGUUUGAGGAAAGUUUUGAUUUGGUGCAUUCGAAGGUGACUGAUUGUUGUGCGACGGACACGAGAAAGUGAGAGUGAAAGGAGAAGAAACCGAGCCUAAAAAGAGAUGUAGCAUAGUGGAUCAACCUGCUCGCAUAGAUUUACAGUCCGUUUGGUUCACUGUGUUUUUUUUAUCAACAAACAACAACAACAACAACAACAAAAAAGUGCACUGAGAUGCUUUGAAAUCAAAUGUGAUUCAGUGGUGAUUGAUCAAUUUUAUAUAUAAAAGAAAAAGAGUGAAAAAUGGAAGGGACGACGUGUGUACAAGUGGUGGAAAAACUCUUUCUGUCAACACUGCAUUACAAACUAAAAAUGGAAAGACUUUGUUUCAUUGGUGGUCCGACAUGUACGAGCCAUUCAAAGAACCGUGGUUACAUGUGCAACCACUCUGGUCAUGUGAUGACGUGGUACCUUGAAUUUCCUGGUUGGUUGCUCUUUGUCAAUGAUGUGUAUUAAAGAGGAUAUAAGGUU